UAGUCUUUAAUUUUAUGUGUACGUAUGUGUAUGUAUUCUUAGCUAUUAUUAGGGAACCGCGCAGAAAGCUAGGGUUAAAAUGAAACGUCUAAAGGCGCAAGAGAAGCUUCCAAUGGAGUUGGAGGAGGAGAUACUCUCUCGGCUUCCUCCUUUAUCUCUCGCUCGCUUCAGAACUGCUUGCAAACAAUGGAACACUCUUAUCGUUGAUAAGAGAUUCAUCGACAACCACUUGGCUCGUGCCCGUGCCCACCCUCAAUUCAUCUUAACGACCAAAUCCAAGUUAUGUUCGGUAAGCGUCAAUCUCAGUGACGCAAUAAAGAUAGAGGUGUGUGAUUUAACCUUAGAUCAUAUCCACGGUUUAGAAUCUGAGAUGACACCUAGAAAAAUCCAUCAUUGUGAUGGCUUAUUGCUUUGUUGUUGGAACAAUGGAGCCACAGCCACUGUUUGGAACCCGUGGUUGAGACAGAGUAGAUGGAUCGAGCUUGAUACAACAGAAACUCUAACGUGUUUUGCUGGCAUAGGAUACGACAAUAGGAAACCAGAAAACUGUGAUUACGAGAUCUUUGCGUCUCAAUAUAGUUACAAAUACGUGUGGAAAUUCUUCAACUUUGCUUCUAAUGCGUGGAAAGAACAAAACUCCAACACUUGUUACAGCAGUAUUCGUGGUUUUACUAAGGGUGCAAAUCUUAGGGCAUCCUCUAGUGUAUCCUUGAAUGGGAAUUUGUAUUGGGUUGCAUCUUGUAUCGCCUUUAAGAACUUGUUCAUCAUAUGCAUGGAUUUUUCGCAAAAGAGAUUCGAGCUCUUUUGUAAUCUACCAUGUAAGAAGAUAUGUCGUUUUGAUACUCAAGUCCUUGCGGUUUUUAGGGGAGACCGGUUUUCGGUGUUAGAUCAAUGCAAUGAAACAAAGAAGAUUGAGAUUUGGGUGACCAAGAACAAGAUUACUCGGGAUGGGAAAGAUGUGGAAUGGAUGAAGUUUAUGGAAAUGUCAUGUCCUAACUUGCCUGAUUUAGUACAGUCCCGACCCUACUCUCGGCCAAGUUACUUCAUCGAAGAUAAAACGCUCAUCGUGUGUUCUUGUGACAAAGCUGGACAGGCUUGGAUCUAUGUUGUAAGGGAAAAUAAGCUGAGUACAAUUCGAAUAGAUUAUGUGGUUGAUCCUUGGCCUUCGCAUUGUACCUGUUUUCCCAGUUUGGUCCCGGUUCCUCGAGGUCAAGGAGAAGAAGUAGAACUACGAGUUUAGUUUUAUAACAAUUUGCCUUCUUUUUUUUUGGUUGCUGAAGAGAAGCUAAAAUGGAUUUGAGUUUUGGCUGCAACCAUAUAUUUUGCUAAUCUUUUAUCUGCUUUGUUUCCCAUAGUGUUGUAACAUUUUGCCUUUUUGUUUUGUUUUACAAGCAAACUAGAAUGAAUGCUCUGUUUCACUCGAGGACCUGAUUUUUAAAAGAAUCGUUAGCUUUUGCAUUAGUUGUUGGCUUAGGUAAUAGUAAUACUAACACUGAUUCUUAAGAAGCCAGGAGCUUCUGCAAUCAAAGACUACAUGCCUAUCUCAUGUUGUAAUACUGUCUACAAGAGUACAAGGUUAUAUCAAAGCUAUUAGUGACUCGACUCAAGCGUAUACUUCCAGAGUUAAUAUUACUCAACCAAACAGUUUUGUUCAAGGAAGACUCUUACUGGAGAAUACUCUUCUGGCAGCAGAGAUGGUGAAUAGUUAUCACAAGAGUUUAGGCCCCAAAAGAAUAACAGUUAAGGUGGACAUUGCUAAAGCAUUUGAUACGAUCAAAUGGGAAUGCAUUCUAAGCUGUCUAAGGGGAUUAGAUGUUCCAGAGCUCUAUCUAAGGUGGCUACAGGGUUGCAAAUGCACUCCAUCAUUUUCUAUAGGAUUCAAUGGAAUGAUUUAAAGCUCUGCUUUAAGGUCAAAAGAGGUCUGAAACAGGAGGAUCCUCUCCCUAUCUUUUUGUCAUUCUUUGAAUUGUCUAUCACACAUUUUGAACAAGGCGGCUGAGGAAUGAAAAUUUAGCUACCACCACUAAUGUCAGAAAUCAAAGCUUACUCAGCUUUGUUUUGAAGACAACCUUCUUAUCUUCACUGAUAAUUCUCUUCAAUCAAUUCAGAAUGUUAUUCAGGUGCUCAGGGAGUUUGAAACACUAUCCGCCCUUGCAGUUAGUGUCCCAAAAACCUGCUUCUUCUUUGCAUGCCUAUAUGCAGAAGAAAUCGUACUCAUCAGUAACACCACAUGACUAACUCAUGGAUCCUUUCCUAUUAUAAAACUCUUCUAAAACCCCCACCAAAACGUCGAAUACUUGCAUAAUCUUAUCUUGGAAUUAAUGAAUGAUAAUGAGACAUUCCAAUUCCUCAUAGAUCAUCCGAAACUCUUGUUGGUCUGGAUGUAGAGCGGCCCAUAAAAUUUUCCUUUUAUUAGGCCCAUGACAAGAUCUCCCCCAAUAAAUCAGAUACAAUUCGUUUUGGACUAGUCAAUUUCAUUACUUCCAAGACAAGAAAGGGUUACUUCAUAGGAUAUGAUUACAGAUUAAUUCCGCAAUGGCUACACACUUCAUUAUUGCAGCUGAUAAGCCGAUUUAUGUCAUUAUGUGCUUACUGAAUUAUUAAGACAA